AUGAUAUCGUGUUUAUUUAUAACCAAUUCUUCCGGAAAGAUGCUGGCACUGCGUAUAUUCAGAGGGGACGUGACCAAGGAAGAUGCACAAAUCUUUUGCCGUAACGUAAUAUUUGAUAACAACCACGCGCCGACCUAUAGAUACGAAAAGUUAAACUUUUUUAGAGUAAACAUGGACGGGUUAAACCUGGUGGCACUGACGAGAAGAAACGGGAACUCGCUUCUAAUAUUCCACACACUCAACGAGCUGAAGAAAAUACUCUACACAUUCCUGUCGGGAGUGGUGAACGAGGAGAACAUCAUCAACAACUCAUUCGUGGUCUACGAGCUGUUCGACGAGGCAAUAGACGGAGGGUACACGCAAAACCUGGAGAGCCUGGUCCUGACGGACUUCAUGGCGACUAAGGUGCAGUUCUGCAACAUACUCUCAGACUCGGCGAAGCUUAACGCGAACAGGCUGGGCUACCUCUCGAAGUUCGGAGUGGACCCGGAGUCAUACAUAGUGAACGUGGAGCCCUUGGAAGGGAAGCUGAACGAAUCGGACGAGUGCCUGGAGUACAACAUCAACUUCUCGACGCUGAUGGCCACGUCAGUGAUCCCGCCCUGGAGAAAGGUGAACAACUACACGGGGAGGAACGUGGUCAACGUGGACCUGGUGGAAAACAUCAACAUCCUGUACAGCUACAACUCGGAGCUGAUCUACUACGAGAUCACAGGAAGCCUGAUCGUUAACACGCAGCUGCCGGGAAUGCCAGUGGUGCACCUGCGCAUGAACGACAACUUCAACGCACUCUCGACAGGGAACAACAAGUACAUCAACGACCUGGGGGACCCCUACGGCAAGUCGAUUUUCGGAAACCUGGGCAGGAAAAACUACCAGACAAACUCGAACAGCAGCGAGUUCCAGCUGCCGGUGGCGGCGAAGCAGGCAGUGCGGCUGGACGACUACAAGUUCCACCAGUGCGUGGACCUCAACAGCAUCAAGAACAACAAGACGAUCACCUUCAUCCCGCCCGACGGAAUGUUCGUCCUGCUCUGCUACCGAAGCACCUCGAGUGCGACGAUCCCCUUCAUCAUAAGGCCGAAGGUGAAGAUGAUCGACUCGCUGCACAUCAACUACUCGAUAUCGCUCACGCCCACGUUCAGCAAGUCGAUCGUGGCGCAGAAGGUCUUCAUGAAGAUCCCGAUCCCGGUGGACACCAAGGAGGUGGUGACGGGGGCCAUGAGCUCGGGCACAGGGCUCGACGUCAACCUCUCGCAGCACGUGGUCAACUGGACGUUCAAGAAGCUGCACGGCGAGGCGACGUACUUCGUCAGCUUCACGGCAAUCCUGGCGACGAACAAGAUCGUGCAGUCGCUGAACUUCCUGCCGAGCGUGAAGCUGCAGUUCAACCUGCCCUGGUUCACGUCCUCGGGCCUCUACAUCGCCUCGAUCGAAUGCACGAACCUGAAGGGGAGGGUUAACAAAAACGUUAACUACGCCACGAAGGCGGGCCUAUACGAGCACAGGAUAAGGUUCAUGUGA